AGUCAGGCCCAGUUGUGUGCUUGAAUUGACUCUGUGCACUACACAGGGAGGCAUGAUCAAUAAUGGUUGGAAUUUUCAAAUCAGUAUGUCUUCUCCUCGCCAAUGUGGCCCUUCUAACAGAUGGGAGUGAGGAAGGAAAAGCUAGAAAAAGGAGCCGCGCUCCGGUCGUCGAAGGUCCUUUGGACUCCCCGGAUCAAGACCUGGAAGAGAGGAAUGGCCCUCUCAACCCAUCGGUCCCGCCAGGAUUUCUAAGUCCCUCUGUCCUGCAGUACUUGGAACUAGGCAAAUCCAUCCCAGGUCGGCCAGGAACGGACUACCCAGUGCUUGGGAUGGUGCCAUACACCGACUUCUACUGCGACGAGCAGGAGUACCCCGGCUUCUUCGCCGACACAGACACGCGAUGCCAAGCGUGGCACUACUGCGACAUCGACGGCCGCCAGGCUACGUUCCUCUGCCCGAACGGUACGCAGUUCUCCCAGGCGUUUUUCAUCUGCGACUGGUGGUUCAACGUGCGAUGCGACAUGUCAAAAGAGCUCUACCACAUCAACGCCCGGCUUUACAGGAGGCCCAAAGUCAACCCGACGAGGCCGCACAGAGUGGUGACGAAGGAGGUCAUCGACAACAUAUUUCUGAAACGCUGAUUUAUUUUUUUCUUCCACUGAUCGACUUUUAACCGGAUAGUGCAUUCCGCUUGAAAGAACACUGGUAGAUUGUGCGAUGAACGACUUAAUUUAUCUGUUUUUCUUUUUUUGCGAAGAUGGUGUUUUAAAUUUUUUAAAAAAUAUGUUUAGGAAUAAAUAAGUAGGAUUUUCUUAAUAUUGCUCUGUAAGAAACUGUUUUAUAAAUUUAAAUGUAAUAUGUAAAUGUAGAAUAAUAAGACUUUAGUUAUACGGUUACUUGUUUUAA